UUUGACCUUACCUGUUCCUCUAUCCAGCCGCGCGCGCUGUCUUCCCGGCUUCUGUAGUGUGAGCGCUCGGCAUGACAGCCGGGUGCCCAGUGCGCAUGAGCGAGAAGCACUUGUGCUUUGUGAUUGGUCCGGCGGCUUCUGGGAUCUGUCAUGUGUCCCAGGUACCGCCUUACCAUUCACAAAAAGCACCGCUUCUUGCGCAUGCGCACUUGGCACCCGGCUGUCAAGCUCAGCGCCCACACUACAGAAGCCGGGAAGACAGCGCGCCGCUGAAUAGAGGAACAGGUAAGGUCCCGCUGCAGAGCUGAGCGGCCGGCCUGGUAUUCUGACAUGGCGGCGGUGGAAAUACCGGACCCGGCCGCUCCAUAUUCGCUCCAUAAGACGCACUGACAU